GAGAGAGAUGAUGUACAGUAUAUAGAGAGUAACAGGACGUGUUUUCUCUGAUGCUACAGACCUCUGAAGGAGUGAGACAAUUCAAAGGACUGUUAAACAAGUUCAAAAGGGGCACAGCAUGGUGACUCUGUCCCUCUUGUCCCUCUGUCUCCUCUCCUUGUUGGGGGUCAGAGGGGAAGUGGCUCCAAAUUUCGACAACUGCAAAGCUUCUUUCUUCAAAAUGACACCAGUUACCGGUCUGAAUAUAGCUCUCCCCACUCCGAUCGAGCCCGACACACAGGGCUUAGUGAAUCCUGCGAAAUGUCUCUCUGCUUACAAUGCUGCCUCUCCUGCAUACAUCUGUCAGAGAAACGGUAACAACUAUUACUUUGCCACUCUGUAUGACCAUGGCAGGAGGAUCCCUCUGUACUCUGCCUAUCAAAUGGAUAUCGAAGGGGUCCCUGGCAGAGAGGGGUCCAUAGUUUAUUAUGAACCCCAGCUUGUGCAUCCUGACCUACCACCACAGCAAAUGGAUAAGAAAGGAUCCUUGAGUGAGAUCAAGAAAUACAAUCAAAACAAUGAAUGCUUAGAACGCUCUCCACAAUACCGACAGAACUACAAGCUGGGCUGGAGUCAGGCUCUCGAUGACAACUUUGGCUCGUAUGACCGCGGGCACCUAAACCCCGCAGGACACCAUAAAGAAGAUGCAUCCAAAGCCACCAUGACCCAUACCAACGUAGCUCCGCAAGAUGGGAAGAUGAACAAGGGGCCGUGGAACCUGUACGAGAAGAAGCUGAAGGAUGUUUUGAGUGCAGGCUGUAGUAAGAUGUAUGUGGUGACUGGGGUGGUCCCAGGUGACACGUGGGUAGACCAGAACAAGCGAGUCAAUGUUCCGAGUCACUACUGGAAUGCCUACUGCUGCACCGACAACAACGACAAACCUCUCAGGUCUGGAGGUGCCUUGGGUCCUAACACAGCUCUCAGUGUUGUUACAGAGUAUAACUCUGUUACAGACAUUGAGACUGAGCUUAGAGGGCUUCUGAAAGUUGGCAACAAUUUCAACAUUUUUAAUGGCUGUGCCUGAGAAGAAGUUUGAAAACCCCUAAUUUAGGCUACAUCAAAAAUUUUAAACAUAUCCCUGACCAUAAAUAUUGUCCUAUUGAUCAAAUGUGUUGAAAAAGUGUAUUACAAUUUCAAAACGUAUCCUUUGUAGUAAUUAUUCUUAAAGCGUAUAUUUGCUUCUUUGGUCACACACAGAGUUGUGCAAUCACCUCUUUGUGAAUGCUUGUUGCUAUGAAUCUAUAACCCAAUAAAGCUUGUUUUGUGAAAGUAGGAAAUGUGUACAUCGACAUAUUACAGAACCAUUUGUACAUGCUGUUGAUGAACCUGUUGGUAUUUUAUGUCUAAAAAGAUCGAAUGAAGGCAGCAAUACUGUCGGUGGAGAUUUCUUUGGUCGCGGUACCCUCUAGUGGUCUAUAAAGAGCAUAAACUGGGAAGGAGAUAAAAGUGCCACGGUCAGUUGCAGACAUAAACGUCAUAGAGCUGUGGUGAUUCAUGACUCUGUCGAACAACUCAGUUGAUUCUUUUUCAUUCCCAUCUACUCUGAUAAAAACCAAAUCGGAUUGGUAAAAUAUGUCAUGUAUAUUGUAGCUCUAAGCCGUGCCAUUGUUACACAACUCUUAUCUGUCCAACUUCCAGAGUCUGACUCUGUAUCUUUGUUCAUUAGAUUUUGAUUUAUUGUACCAUGGUAAAACAUCAAAACCAUUGCAAGGGUUGGUGAAUCUGCACUAGGCCCAAUGCCAACUCAAACUUUUAUUUAAUUUAUUUGAUUUUUUUACCUUUACUUGAACAGGGAAGACAUAUUGAUACCUAGGCAUCUUUUACAAAUGUGCCCUGUAUAUACAACAUAAAUAUAUAUUUUAUACACAAACGAAUAUAUAGAUAUACAUUAACCUUUUGAUACAGGAUGCAGUGAUGAAUAUCAAAACUGUCAUCUGUAACAAAACGAAGGGCACUAUGGGAGAUGGCAUCCAAAGGUUUAAGAGUAGCAGCAGCUGAUAACUAAUAUCACCAUAAUCAUGGUUUCCAUGUGUUUGAUGCCAUUCCAUUCGCUCUGUUCCAGCCAUUAUUAUGAGCCGCUCUCCUCAGCAGCCUCCACUGAAACGCACCAUGCAAAGUGUUGGUCCCAUGUAGCGUGAGCUGAAAUAAAAGAUCCCAGAAAUGUUCCCUA